AUGGAUGAUCUAUUAAAUCAUGUAGUUGUAUUAUCAAGAGAAUUUGCAGUUUUUCCCUCUGUCAAGGGUAAAAGUCAAGCCAACAGCCACCAAGAGGGUAUAGCUAUAAGGAAAAAUGCGUUAAUAAAUAUAUUCGAUGACACAUCUACAAUUGAUGUUAAUGAAGAAAUAAUAGAGAGCGAUGGUCAAAAAAUAUUGAGGAGCCAGGACCAAGUCGGACACAGAAUGUUAAAGAUACACCAGAGAAAAAAAAUGAGCAUUUUAAAAUGGAAGAAAAUUGUUCAAUGUGAAAAACUUGCCAUCUACAGUGCUCAAUACUGUUAUUAUCACUUUAGAAUAUGUAGUUUACAUUUUAAGGAACCGGCCUUUGCAGGAAUGCUAAAAAGCAGGUUGAAAAAAGACGCAAAACCAUCUAUUCAUCUUGUGAGAUUAAACAUUCCAGUUCAAGGCACACCUGUGGAGAAGUUACAAACAUUUGCGAGUACUCCGGAAUCAUUGACAUAUAGAAUUCAAGGGACAUUAGCUGUAGAGGAAUUGCAGGCAGUAGCAAGUACCUCUGCGGAAUCUAUGAUGUAUAGUAUUGAAGAUGCUGAAAAUGUUGGAGAGUGUGUUUUCUCACCAACGACACCAAAUAUAUCUUCAGAUAUAUCAAGAGAUAGGUCACAAAUCAAAAGGAUAUUUUAUGUUAAAACAAUAAAAGACUGUUUAAAGACUACAGAUAAAAAGUUCACAAAGAAAAAUCUUUAA